AUGAACGUUGUUGUAUGCUCUGGUGGGACUGCCACAAAUUCUUUAACACCUUGCUUUUCGAACAUUUCCACUUCAAAGGGACGUGAGCUAACGUACAUUUUGCCCAUAUCAGAUAAUGGUGGGUCUACAAGUGAAAUUCUGCGGAUAGUAGGUGGGCCAGCUAUCGGUGACAUUAGAUCUAGGAUAGUGAGGCUUCUUCAAGAUGAACAACUUGUUAAAUUAUUUGGCUAUAGGUUGCCUAAUGACAAGGUGCAAGCGAAAAAAGAAUGGAAUGAAAUAGUUGAAGGAUCACACCCUAUAUGGAAAAGCAUUUCAGUAGAAGUUAAGGAAAUGUGCCGCUCUUUCAUCAUUCAUAUGCAAGCAGAGCUGUUGAAAAAGAUCAAGCACUCGAAUCCCUUUCAAUUUGAAAGUGCAUCCAUCGGAAAUUUCUUUUUAACUGGCGCUAGAUUGUUUUUGGGCUCCCUUGACGCGUCCAUAGAACUAAUGAUGAGAAUUGGGAGGUGUAGCUCUCUCGUUCACGUUAUUCCAUGCAUAAACACUAACCACACACAUCAUAUUUCAGCUUUGUUGACGAAUGGUGAGAUGAUAACCGGUCAAUCGCAGAUAUCGCAUCCUUCAAAAUCUGUUCCAAAAGCAAACGGCAUAGCCCAUUCCGCUAAAUUUAUCCAUCUACUUGGCUCUUAUGACGAUCAUUUGAAAAUCCUCCUGGAUGAUGAAGAGGAAGAAGAGGAAGCUGAAGAAGAGUAUGCCAAUCCCAUCUAUAUUCUUCCAGAACUGAAAAAUUCACAGUUGCAUUUCGAUAAACUUGAUGGAUCUCAGAAUCUUCCUGCGCCAGUAAAUAGAAUUCUAUAUAUAAACCCAUAUGGCGAAGAGAUCAAACCAAUGGGAAAUCCAAGAGCCAUUUCUAAAGUGAGAAGGGCCGACAUGGUGGUCUAUUCCAUCGGUUCUUUGAUGACAAGUUUAAUGCCAAUCCUUAUUCUUGGUAAUCUUGCCGAAGUAAUUUUGGAGUCGACUGAAACGAAAAAAGUUUUGCUCAUAAACAACAAGUAUGAUAGAGAGGUUUUCGGUCUGGACGGUUUGCACUAUGUUCAAAUGAUCGUCGAUUCUAUGACCAGAGCAAUAAUAGGUUAUAGACAAUCUAAGGGUAUUUAUUUAGAAAAUGCUAAAUUUGAAUGGGAGGAAUUCAUUACAGAUAUUGUAUACCUGAAGAACGGCGAAAUUAGAAUCGAUGAAACAAUAUUUGAAAAGCAUAAUAUUAGAUGCCAUCAGAUCGCUUCUUCUGAUAAGAUGGAAAAUGAAGAACUUGAAAAGUUUUUAAACGAAAUUGGCUCCAAAAACUGA